GAUCAUGCCCGGAGAGUGGCAGAGAAGGGACUGUGGCGAAGCUGAGCACCCCCAGCGAGGUCGGUGGCCCUAGACUCUAUGGAAGCGGAGGAGCGCGGCCGAGCCGCGGCGCAGCGCAGCCUGAGCAGGAGCCCGAGAAGGACAAUAAGCAAAAACUGGAACAAGAACAAGAGCAGGAGCCGAAGAAAGCGGGGGACCUCUGUGGGGCCCGGCCCAGGGACCCUCAGAGCCAGACACCUAAGCGGCCAAAAGGCAGCCCGGGCGGGCAGGAAAACCCCAAGCCCUCGACCACUGGCUGCCCGGCCCAGCCCGGGGGAAUGGGAGGAGGCUAGACUGUCCGAGCGAGGAGAACUGGAGCGGAGCGGGCGCUGUCCCAGGGGCAGUCCCGGUUCAUCUGGAAACAGAAGCGAUUGAGUAGGAGGAAAGCAGGGAAGGAGAGCGGUCUGGGAGGCAGCGCAGUCCGGCGGCGGCGGCGCAGCGCAACGCAGCGCAGCCCCCUCCCUCCGCGGGCGCGCACCCUCGUUCACACGGACACAGACACGGACACGGACACGGGCACUCUCCCUCACACACGCACACGCGCGGAGCCCCGGCUCCUUCCUUUCAGCUUCGCCCAGUCCCCUUUUAGAACACCGUCGUUAGCCUAACCCUCCGGUUUUGGAUGUCAUGGGUAACAGCUUCUCCAGUAUUCCCGCCCUGCCCCGGGGCAGCCCUAACAGGGGGCCCCGGGUCCAUCGCCAGCACCUUCAAGAUUCAAUCAGCGGCCCCUUUCCUUCCACCUCUCACCGAUGUCACCACAAACAGAAGCACUGUCUACCACCCCCUCCCGGGGGGAGCCUCCCGGCCACACCGCUGCUCUUCCACCCACACACCAAGGGCUCCCAGAUCCUGAUGGACCUCAGCCACAAGGCCGUCAAGCGUCAGGCUAGCUUCUGUAACGCCAUCACCUUCAGCAAUCGGCCCGUUCUCAUCUAUGAGCAAGUCAGGCUAAAGAUCACCAAGAAGCAAUGUUGUUGGAGCGGGGCCCUCCGGCUGGGGUUCACAUGCAAGGAUCCAUCACGCAUUAACCCAGAUACACUGCCCAAGUAUGCUUGUCCUGACCUGGUGUCCCAGAGUGGAUUCUGGGCCAAGGCUUUGCCUGAGGAAUAUGCUAAUGAGGGCAACAUCAUCGCCUUCUGGGUGGACAAGAAGGGUCGAGUAUUCUACCGGGUUAACGACUCCGCAGCCAUGCUGUUCUUCAGUGGCGUCCGAACUGCCGAUCCCUUGUGGGCCCUGGUGGACGUCUACGGUCUCACGAGGGGAGUCCAGCUGCUCGAGAGCGAGAUUGUCCCCCCAGACUGCCUCCGUCCCCGUUCCUUCACUGCCAUCCGAAGGCCCUCCCUGCGGAGAGACCCUGAGGAUACCCGCCUCUCCGUCAGCCUCUGCGACCUCAACGUGCAGGACGGGGGCUUCCAGGCGGCCGCAAUAGCAGCAUCAGCCUGCUCCAUCCCACAGAACUCCCUCAACUCUCAGCACUGCCACUUGUUGCCCCCACAGCUAGAGAGUGACCUUCGUUUCCACCAGCUGCGUGGUGCUCACAUCAAGAUCCUGGACGAGCAGACCGUGGCCCGGCUGGAGCACGCCCGCGAGGAGCGGACACUGGUCUUCACCAGUCGGCCGCUGCGUGUGGGUGAGACGAUCUUCGUCAAGGUCAACAAGUCCAACACCUCCCGCCCUGGAACCCUGUCCUACGGCGUCACAACCUGUGACCCGGGGACGCUGCGUCCCAGUGACCUCCCCUAUAACCCAGAGGCCUUGGUGGACAGGAAGGAGUUCUGGGCCGUGUGCCGGGUCCCAGGGCCCCUCCACAGUGGUGACAUCCUGGGCUUUAUGGUGACUGCUGAUGGGGAGCUGCACCUGAGCCACAAUGGGGCAGCAGCUGGCAUGCAGCUCUGUGUGGACGUUUCCCAGCCCCUCUGGAUGCUCUUCAGCCUGCAUGGGGCCAUCACACAGAUCCGCGUCCUUGGCUCCACCAUCCUGACUGAGCGAGGUGUACCAUCCCUCCCAAGUUCUCCGGCGUCUUCACCCACUUCUCCUACUGGACUGUGUAGCCGGCUCUCCGACCCUCUGCUGAGUGCAUGCAGCUCUGGACCCCCGGGAAGUUCUCUGAGUGGCACAGCCCCCAACUCACCUGUAAGCCUGCCGGAGUCCCCUCUGUCACCAGGCCCCGGGCCGGGGCCGGGGCCAUGGAGUGAUGAGUGCACCAUCUGUUACGAGAACACGGUGGACACGGUCAUCUACACCUGCGGUCACAUGUGCCUGUGCUACUCCUGUGGCCUCCGCUUGAAGAAGACAGUUCACGCCUGCUGCCCCAUCUGCCGGCGAGUCAUCAAGGACAUCAUUAAGACCUACCGGAGCACCUAGAUGCGGUGCCGCGCCCACUGCUCCCCACCCUGCCCACGGUGGGACUCUAGCCAUCAGGAGACCAACUCCAUCCCCAGCAGAGGGCUAGCAAACAGGGACACCUUUUUCUCCCUUUUUUUGGAAGCUUGUUUUCCCUUCCUCCAUUAAAAAAGCAAAGUAAAGGCUC